UUGAAACUUACCAAGUGUACACAAAUAUGAAUUAACAUCAACUUUUGUAUUGAUGAAGAACAGGGUGCGUCAGAAUUACUCAAAUUUUUCCCUUUUUUGAAUUUAUUGGGUAUAUGGAACAAAGAUUGGGCGCCUGUCCAACAGAAAUUUUGGUUCCAGUGAAUUAUCUAGAAUUUUUUUAUCCAGUUUCCUUCAAAAUGUCCUCACAAGAAUACCUAUGUGAUAUCAUGCCCUAUAGGUACCUAUGGGAAGUAGUGGUUUUCUUCUGCUGUCAUGCAGAGUGGUGGCUUCCUCACACUCCUACCAAAUGAGGUCGAGAAUUGGGUGGAGGAUUCUGUGUCUGACUUUAUCUGAUCAACUGAGCGUUUGAGUUCCCUCCUGAGGAGAUGAGCAGUGAGACUGAAGUUCCAGCAGAAAGCACAAACUGUCAUCUUUUGUUAGCAAUGAGAAAAGAAUAACAUUAAGCCAGCCAAUCAACUUAUGUUAGGUUGCUCACGUGACGCCGAUGCAGGAAGAGGGUCAACUCGUGGGUUCUCCCCAGAACCAAGCGCGGAUCUCCUUCAUCGGCUCUCCUCCCCCUGCUACUGUUGGUCUGCUAUGGCUGCGAAUGAUGGCGCUUCGAAAGAAGCCAAAGGUGGAUUUUAAGAGAAACCUAAAAGCUGUGUCUGGCAAAGAUCACCUGAUUCCAGCCAACAUGGAUAGAAGACCCACCUGUGACCAGUGUGGAAAGACUUUCACCGACAUGAGUAGCCUUAAGAGACACCUACGCAUCCACAGUGGAGAAAGACCACAUGAGUGUGACCAGUGUGGGAAGACUUUCACACAAAUAAGUCACCUUCAAGCACACCAACGCAUCCACACUGGAGAAAGACCGUAUGACUGCGACCAGUGUGGGAAGACUUUCACCCGAAUGAGUAACCUUAAGAUACACCUGCACAUCCACACUGGAGAAAGACCAUAUGACUGUUAUCAGUGUGGGAAGACUUUCACCCGAAUGACUAACCUUAAGAGACACCUACGCCUCCACAGUGGAGAAAGACCAUAUGACUGUGACCAGUGUGGGAAGACUUUCACCGACAUGAGUAGCUUUAAGAGACACCUACGCAUCCACAGAGGGGAAAGACCAUAUUUUUGUGACCAGUGUGGGAAGACUUUCACCCAAAUAAGUCACCUUCAGGCACACCAACACAUCCACAAUGGACAAAGACCAUAUGACUGUGACCAGUGUGGGAAGACUUUCACCACAGUGAAUGACCUUAAGACACACCUACGCAUCCACAGAGGAGAAAGACCAUAUUAUUGUGACCAGUGUGGGAAGACUUUUACCCAAAUAAGUCACCUUCAGGCACACCAACGCAUCCACAUUGGAGAAAGACCAUAUGUCUGUGACCAGUGUGGGAAGACUUUCACCCAAAUGAGUAACCUUCGGGUACACCAACACAUCCACAGUGGAGAAAGACCAUAUUACUGUGACCAGUGUGGGAAGACUUUCACCGACAUGAGUAGCCUUAAGAAACACCUACGCAUCCACAGUGGGAAAAGACCAUAUGACUGUGACCAGUGUGGGAAGACUUUCACCAGAAUGAAUGACCUUAAGACACACUUACGCAUCCACAGAGGAGAAAGACCAUAUUAUUGUGACCAGUGUGGGAAGACUUUCACUCAGAUAAGUCAUCUUCAGGCACACCAACGCAUCCACAAUGGAGAAAGACCCUAUGACUGUGACCAGUGUGGGAAGACUUUCACCCAAAUGAGUAACCUUAAGAGACACCUACGCAUUCACAGAAGAGAAAGACCAUAUUGUUGUGGCCAGUGUGGGAAGACUUUCACCAGAAUGAAUCACCUCAAGAGACAUCUAUGCAUCCACAGAGGAGAAAAACCUUAUGACUGUGACCAGUGUGGGAAGACAUUUACCCAGCUGUCUGCCCUUCAGACACACCAAUGCAUCCAUAGUGGAGAAAGACAAUAAAACUGUUACCAGUGUGGGAAGACUUUCAGAGUCUUGUCUCUACUAUUUUCUCACCUUCAUGUUCACCACAAGAACUUGAUGUACCCAUGUGAUAUGCACAACGAUACUCUGGUCAUCCAACUUUGUGUCUCCAACAAGUGUUACCAACAGACCCUUACUGGAGAGAACCCUUACCCGUGGAGUUUUUAUGACAGAUCUUUUAUCACAGGUUCACAAUGUAUCAAAUGCGAAUGUGUCAAAAAUUUCCACGAAGGACAAACACUGAGCAAUUGUAAGGCUCUAGAAACUAGUAGAAAUAAUCAAUGUCAUAACACACCAAAACAGUUUGAGUGUUACACAUGUGAAAAAAGAUUCUGGUCAUCCUCUGCUUCUCCUAUCAUCAGCACAGAUGUGAAUCAUCAACGUCUGGACCAAAAAGUACCUCAGCAUCAGAUGACAAGAAGAAACACAGUGUCUGAACCAGCAGCACUGACUUCUUUUGACUUCUAUUGAGUUUGUGGAUGUUUAAUCACUCACUUGUUGUGAUUCUGUAGCUGGCUGGGGUUCACAUCUGUUCAUUGUUCACUAAUGAAACCAGCUACUCCUGUAACAAUUUUCCACAGUUGUUGUGCAUUUUAAGUUCAUCCCCCAAAAUGUUCUACACUUUUUUUUUUAACCACCAACUGUGCAUGUGUGAAUUAAUUGUUUCAAAACCUGAAGUGGAAGAUGAUUUUAAUUUUAAUGUAGAUAAUUAAAUUAAAUUGUGAGUACAUUGUAUGAAUAUCUGCAGUAAUACACAAGGAGAUGCAUCAUGAAAAUAAAAAUGGUAUAAUUUUUCCUCAAACAAACUGUAAUUUUAAUUAAUGAUAAAAAGUAGAUCUGUUUUCCUAAGAAUUACACAGUUUAUAGUGUACCUGGUUACCUUUGACAAUAGCUGUGCAAUAAGAUCAAAAAUGUUUUCGCAAUACGCAGUUUCAUAUCCUUAGGAAACAUAAUUGUCAGGAUUAAUGUCAUUUUUUUUUCCAAUUUAAAGAUAGGUUUUUGGUUCUAAAAGACUUAAGAAGAAAAAAACACAGUAAAAGUCAUAUAAGAUAUCAUAAGGAGAGAUGCAUCAUUAUCAGAAAACACUGUCUGAAGAUCCUCUCAGCCCAUUAUUUGGUAACACAUUUUGGAUGUUUAUAAAAUGUCAGUGGUUGAUUUUAAUCUGUUUUGUUUACAUUUACAAUUGAAUUUAUACUCAUUCAAAGAUGAUGUUAUUUAAUGCUUGAAAAUAGUCAAAUUAUGCUCUUUUUGUCUAUGAAAUUAAGCUUUGUUUUGUCUCCAUGGCACAUAAGAGGUAAUACAUAAAGGUUAGACAGAAAAUAAUUUAAAAAAUCACAUCGGUAUCGUCACAAUGGUUAUCUGUCAGCCCAUACUUUUACAGUUGCUGUGGUCUUGGAUUUUGUGAUUUGCUGCUAAUUUUGUUCAUUUUUAUACAUCGAGAAAAUUAGUGUUAAUUUUGUUAACCAAAUUACAUACGAUUUAGAUUAAUAAAUUGAGUUCAGUCAGGUCUUGUAUAAAAAGAUGGAAACACUUAAACAACUGUGAACAAAAUAAACCCUAAGGCCUAAAGAUAAAAUGUAAGUCAUGAUAAAUAAAUAUAAAAAUAUAUAAAAUAUAAAACUAUAUCAUGAUAACGAUGAUUUUUUUUGUCGUCCAUAUUUAUUGUACUUAGUUGAAUUUACAGUUAAUGUUUUGGACUUUUCUUUGUAUUAACCUACUUAUUUAACAGUAUAAAUUACUCAAAAUCGACUAUAAUUGUCUGUACAUAUACUAGGAAAACACUUAAUAAUUAGGCAACUGUAAAAUGAAGUGUUACCCACAUCUUGGAGUUAAAAACUGUGGAAGUAAAUGACUGAAUUGUCGACUGUUUUUCUGAACCCUGGGAUAAAUAAAGUCGUCAUCUGGGUUGGAUAGCGGACUCCGACAUCCAGUUCCGGCUCUGGUUCUGUUUGUCUUUGGUUCACACACACCCUUUAACUCCUGACGUAUCAGUGGUGAGCGUUCUGAAUGUAUGAUUUAUUUUAAAUAUUCAUAAAAAAUGUAACCAUUCGCCUCAUAAGAAAAAUUUCUUAACAUGCUCUGGUAAAUGUUCAUUCUGUCUUCAAAGUAUAAAGGUGAAAAUAAUUCAUUUAACAGACAGGAGCAAGUUCCCCUGCUUGACUAGUUUCAGCUACUUCCUGUGGCCUUCGUCAGAAGCGUCACAUGAUGUUUCUGUGACGUGUCUUAUAGGCUGCUCAGGAGGGUUUGUCAGACAGCAGGGAAGCCAGCGCCCCCUGCUGUCUGACGCCUACUCCAGGCCCACAUCCCAGGUGUGAGAUAAGGUGUAUGCGCCGUCAUACUCACAAAUAUGUAUUUUUUUUUUCCCAACUGAAACUUAAAAACUUGAAAUUACCAUAAAAUAUCUGGAAAACAGUUCAUUCAACAAAAAAAAAUCAUAAAUAGCAUUGCCAAAUCUCUAACCCAUAUUUGUAAUUUAUCAUUCCAAUCUGGUUGUUUCCCAAAUAAAAUGAAAAUAGCAAAGGUCAUUCCAUUACACAAAAAUGAGAGUAAACACAUCUACACAAAUUACAGACCCUACUACUACAAUUUUCCAAAAUCUUAGAAAAACUAUUUAGAUCUUGACUAGAAAAGUUUCUUGACAAACAUCUUAUGAUAAAUCUGGGUCAAUACGGUUUUAAAACAAAAACUGCCACCGCAAUGGUAAUAACUGAUGCAAUAGAAGAAAUCACUAACGCACUGGGUCAAAAAAACACAUACAAUUGGAAUUUUUAUUGAUCUCAAAAAAGCAGUUGACACAGUCAUUCAAUCCUACUCAAUAAACUUCAAUUAUAUGGUAUCAGGGGGGUUGCUGAGGAGUGGCUUAGAAGCUACCUAACAGAAAGGGUGCAGUAUGUAAAAAUGGGACAAUACUCAUCUGGAUAUCUUGGCAUUUCUUGUGGUAUCCCCCAAGGGUCUGUUCUGGGACCCAAACUAUUCAACGUUUAUAUUGAUGACAUUUAAUGAAUCUGAAUUGCUUAAACUCAUAGUCUUUGCAGACAAUACUAACAUAUUCUUCAGUGGUGAUAAUCAUAAUGAAUUUGUAACCACAGUCAAUGAGGAAUUAAGUAAACUGAAAAAGUGGAUUGAUAAUAAUAAAUUGUCAUUAAAUUUAAAUAAGACUAAGGCAAUGAUGUUUGGUAACUCUAAAACCAGCUCAGAACUACAGAUAAUGAUUGAUGGAAUUCAAAUUGACAAUAUAAAUGAAAACAAAUUUUUAGGAGUUAUAAUAGCAAAUUGUCAUGGAAAGCCCACGUCAGACACAUAAAAACAAAAAUCUCUCAAAAGCCAUUCAAUCAUAAAUAAAGUGAAAACAUACCUUGAUGAAAAUGCACUCUGUACUUUAUACUGCUCCUUGGUCCUCCCAUACUUCACAUAUUGUAUUGAGGUGUGGGGAAACGGUUACCAAUGCACCAUUAAUCCAGUAGUCAUAUUACAGAAACAAGCAGUACAGAUCAUACAUAAGGUUGGAUUUCUAGAACACACUCAUAAUCUCUUUAUUCAGUCAAAACUAUUAAUCCAUGAUCUUGUAAAAUA